GCUACUACGGACAGCUUGCAGGGUGCUGAGUCGAAAGACGCUGUUAAAUGGAACGUGUGUUGUGUAACCUAGGCGUGUAAUAGUGUUUUAUUAAGUAAAAAUACGAAAGAUUUAUCUGUGUUAAGAAGUCAGAAAUACUGCGUGUGCUUGCUAGUAGGUUAUUGUGGGUAUAACGUGUGAACAUUACGUAUGUCGUGUUGAAUAUGGAGGUUAUGUGACAAGUGAUUUAGGUGUACGAGAAAUUAUCGUAAGAAAGCUGUUGUAGCCUUAGCCAUGUUUCGCAGACGAUUAUGUAAAGAUUAUAGUGAGCUGAGUAAGAUGUAAUCGCAGUAAAUAUGUUUCAUGUUACGUGGAAAGCAGAUGUUGGAAAUCUCAAUAAGGGGAUUAGAGGAACUACAAUGCAGUCAAAGAGAAUCUGUCGCUUACGUGGAUAUCCGUGCCGUGUUCCUCACCAACAUGAGCUGAAACAAACAACUGAGACACGCCUCCACACUGCCGAGUGUCCACGUGGCAGGAUGGAGUUGCGGUGGCCCCAUCCUAGCUUCUGGUUGUUGGCAACCCUGACACUGCUUCUAGGAGUGUCACAAGCCGGAGAAAACACAACAGAUUCUCCAUCAACUUCCAUAAACACAACCAUCAGCGUAAUCAGCAGUGCCAGUGAUUCUUUCAGCAUCGCCAUCCCUGUCAGUUUCUCGUCCACCGCAUCGGUAACACCCCCCAGCACGUCAAAACCGUACCCCCGUAACGACGCUCCAGCAACCACUGCCCUUCCUUCUCCAGAGUUCAAAUUCACGCGGUCAGUGUACAACGUUAGUAUUGCGGAGAACUCCGUGGGGAAAACGUACGUCACUCCGGAAGACAGAAUGGGGAUCGUGACAGUGGACACUGAUCCAGAUUUUGAUAUACGCUACAAGAUCAUUGGUGGUGACAGAGACAAGUUUUUUAAGGCGGAGGAACGAUUAGUUGGUGAUUUCUGCUUCUUGCUUCUGCGCACUCGGACGGGCAAUGUGGAUGUUCUAAACCGUGAAAGAAAAGAUAAAUACGUGCUAGAAGUGCGGGCGACUGGGACAAAGCGAGAAGGGAAGAACAAGAUGAGUGUAAUGGAAGCGGACACAACAGUUGUGGUCAAAGUUCUGGACACCAAUGAUCUCAAUCCCCUGUUCUAUCCCACUGAGUAUGAGGCGACAGUCCCAGAAGACACUCCGUUACACAGAAGUAUACUGCGGGUGUCGGCCGAGGACGCUGAUCUGGGGAGGAAUGGUGAGAUUUAUUAUAGUUUCCUCGAUAGCCCGGAGCAGUUCGCCGUGCACCCAAUGACAGGGGUUGUUUCGCUUACUAGACCAUUGCGAUACGCUGAAAGGUCUCUGCAUGAACUGACAGUUAUCGGACAGGAUCGGGGAGCUUUGUUCAGAUCGGGAGCAGUUGGCAAAGCGAGCACAGCAAGGAUCACGAUAAGGGUCCAGCAAGUGAACUUGAAUUCUCCCGAGAUAUACGUUCACCAUUUACCCGACAUUGUGGAACACUCCAAUGCCGAUAUAUAUGCAAUAGUUCGUGUAAUUGAUAGGGACAAAGGCGUUCAUGGAGAGAUACAGAGCUUAGAGAUCGUUGACGGUGAUCCAGAUGGCCAUUUCAGAAUUCGUUCAGCUGAAGAAACUGGUGGAAAGAGCGGCGAAUAUAAUAUAGAAGUCUUACAUCUGCUUGACCGAGAAAGUGCUCCACAAGGCUAUAACUUAACUCUCAGGGCUACCGACAAAGGGGUUCCAUUUCGACAAACGUAUAAGUCUGUACCUGUUCAUCUUGCAGAUCUUAACGAUAAUGCACCUGUGUUCGACCGGGAAAUAUACGAAGUUGAAGUACCGGAAACAGCUCCUGUCAACACUCCGGUCAUCCGCCUGAAAGUGACAGAUGCGGACGAAGGGAAGAACGCUCAAGUAUUCCUCGAAAUUGUAGGUGGGAAUGAGGGCGGUGAGUUCCACAUAAACCCAGAUACCGGCAUGUUGUAUACAUCUGAGAUUUUGGACGCGGAGCAUAAGGCAUUUUACACGCUAACCGUGUCAGCAAUAGAUCAAGGGAACGCUGGAACAAGGAAACAAUCGUCUGCCAAGGUGAAAAUAAACGUGAUGGAUACUAACGACAACGACCCGUUGUUUGAUCCUCCAGAGGAUGUCGUGUGGGUGGAUGAGAAUGAGCCUGCCGGUACAUCUGUCGCCAAGGUGACGGCUAGGGACAAAGACUCGGGUGAGAAUGCCUAUAUAUCGUACAGUAUUGUGAACCUAAAUCCCGUGCCUUUCGAGAUUGACCACUUUUCUGGUAUUAUACGAACAACUACUGUUCUGGAUUACGAGUCCUUGAGACGUGAGUACAUCCUGAGGAUACGUGCCUCUGACUGGGGACUUCCCUAUCGCCGCCAGACGGAAAUACAGCUCAGAAUCAGAGUACGAGACGUGAACGAUAAUCGACCACAGUUCGAGAAAGUGGACUGUACUGGGAGCGUGCAGCGAUAUGUUUCAAUAGGCACAGAAGUAAUCACACUGUCCGCAAUUGAUUUCGACGCUGGUAGCAUCAUCAGCUACCGACUGAUUUCUGGCAACGAGGACGGCUGCUUUGCUCUCGACGCGACGUCUGGUGUGCUGAGUGUGACGUGUGAUUUGGCGGACGUGAAAGUGUCAGAUCGUGACGUGAAUGUGACAGCCACGGAUGGAACUCAUUUCUCGGACGUUGUUCGUGUUAAGAUCAGGCUGGUGAAUGGGAAGAAGAACUUAGGAUCACCAGAACGGGUAUUGGCUGAUGGAAUAGGAAGUUUCCAUUGUAGAGACACGGGAGUCGCACGCAGGUUGACGGAGGUUCUAGCCGCCGCAGAGAAGAACAACAACAUGCUUGGACGCUCUGCACAGCCAGAAGAGUUCGCCAUGAUGCCGAGCCGAUAUGGCGAAAACGUGCAUACUCCAGAGUUUAUUGACUUCCCAGUAGAAAUACGGGUGAAUGAAUCUGUUCCACUGGGUACGUCUCUUGCAAAGAUACGGGCACGAGACCGGGAUCUUGGAUACAACGGGAAGUUAGUGUAUGGGAUUGCUGACGGCGACCAUGACUCAGCAUUUCGUGUAGAUCCUGAUACAGGCGAAUUGAAAAUCAUAGGUUUCCUUGAUAGAGAACGCGAGAGUGAAUACCUGCUUAACAUCAGCGUGUAUGAUUUAGGCCAGCCUCAGAAAUCAUCCUCCAGGUUCCUUCCCAUCACUGUUCAAGAUGUGAAUGAUAAUGCGCCAAAAUUUGAGAAAGCCGUUGCAAGUUUUCGAGUGACUGAAAAUGCCCGAAAUGGCACAGAAAUUUUUAGAGCAAACGCGACGGAUGCUGAUCUCGGAGAGAACGCUAGAGUAACGUAUUCCAUGGUCACAGAUACAGAGGACUUCUCUGUGGAUCCAGUGACUGGUGUUCUUACCGUGACUUCAGGCUUGGAUCGUGAAAGACAAGAAGUUUACGAAUUGAAGAUUCGCGCCACAGACGGCGGUGCGAAAUACGGCGACAAACCAGCCCUUUAUUCUGAUGCACUUGUUCGUGUUACUAUUGACGACGAAAACGACAAUGCUCCUUCAUUCGCCCUACCGUCAUACACUGUGAAAGUGCGUGAAGAUAUCCCUGUAGGGAGUGUUGUUGCUAUUGCAAGUGCAACUGACCCAGAUGUUGGUCAAGGCGGUGAAGUCCGUUAUUCGCUUGUAGGAGGUAUAGACGGAGGAGAAGGAAUCUUUAUUGUUGAUCGGUUAUCGGGAACAAUCCGCACAAUGGAGGCCUUGGAUUUUGAAGAGCGGCAAGUCCAUAGCUUGACGGUUCGCGCCCGUGAUCGCGGUAGCCCGUCUCUGUUCUCGGAGACCAACAUCAUAGUCGAGGUCGUGGACGUAAAUGAGAACCUGCACCCGCCGUUGUUUGACGAUUUUGUAGUGUCGGCUACUGUUCACGAAAACCAGCCUGUGGGAACGGUGGUGACCACCGUCCGAGCUACUGACGCUGACCCGCGAGGUGAUGACUCCAGGGUGUCGUACUCAAUUCGGGGCGGGGACGGAAUUGGACUCUUCUCCAUCGACAAUGAAGACUGUGAAGAUGGUGGCAGUACGUUCCUGCGAAGUGCGGGUGAACCCGACUACACCGUGGCACAGCCCACAGAAUGGUUCCCAUCAUACUUAUCUGUGUUUCUUCCUGAAAUAAGGCAGAAAUAUGACUUGAAUGUAAGGGCCAGAGCGUCUGUGAUCCGGGACCAGCUUUCAGGCGUCGCCGUUAUGGAAACAGUGACAUAUUGGAAACCUU